AUGGACUUUCUAAGAAACAUAAGAGAUGCUUCCAAGAUCAAAAAAAGCCCAAAGAUAGCAAAAACUCUCUCCGUACUUCUUGCACUUUACUUCAAUCCUCGUAAUAAAAUUAAGCACUUCAUCUUGUAUCAUUCAGAUAAGGCUGAAGAACUUCCUUUUGUGCAUACCUCGUCAAAUAUAUUUCUGCAAUCUAUAAAUCCUUCAGUUCAAUGGCCUGACCCAACACCAUGGCCUGAACAAUUCCACGCACUUCUUUGCAUGACUUUGUACUCCGGUGGUCACCAAAUCACUGACCUCUGGUAUGACUGGCCAAAAGGCCGCAAUGUUAACCUCCAGCAGAAGCAACUUGGGGUGUUUAUGUACGACAUAGAGUGGAACAAUGGCACUUCGUUUUACUACACUCUAGGCACGAAUGGCACAUGCGAGAUCGUUGAUUUUGGGGUUGGCAUUCCCAGGCCCGAUUUUCUUGAUGGGGCUAAUUAUUUGGGGACUGAAGUCAAGGAUGGGUUCCUUUGUAACGUGUGGGAGAAAGUGGAUUUCAUCUGGUACUAUGAAGAUGUUGCUACUAAGAGGCCAGUUCGAUGGGAUUUCUAUGAUGGAAUAAUAACACACGUGAUGACAUUUGAAGUUGGAGCAACUCUGCCAGAUUCAACCGUCCAAGCACCUGAAUAUUGUUUCACUACCCAAAAAGAUGUCUGAACUACAAAAGUAUAGAUUAUAUAUAGAUUGAGAUAUUCUAUCAGCUGCUGAAAGACGAAAGUUCAUGCCUAUGCUCCAUUGAUGAUGAAUCUACUUGUAUGUUGUUUAAAGGAACUGUAAGGCACUUUGAUAAGCUUUUCUUGGAUCCAAAAUACAAACAGGCAUAGAUUGAAAGGCUAGAAUAUUAUAGUUGUAAAAUGGAGUUGCCAAAUUGUUUGAGAGUAAAAUCUUA